AUGACUACUGAAACACAACCCGCAGAGACGAGUUGGAGUAUACACGUAGAUGGAGCAUCAAACAGGGAAGGAAGCGGAGCAGGUGUACUACUAAAGGAAGGAAACAAAGUGAUAGCCGAGCAAUCACUACAGUUCCGUUUUACUACAAGCAAUAACCAGGCAGAAUAUGAGGCUCUGCUAGUAGGACUGAAGCUCACCCAACAGCUCAAAAUACCUCAGAUAACAGUUUACUGUGACUCUGUACUUGUAGUGCAUCAAAUUAAGGGUGACUACCAAGUAAAAGAUCCUUUGUUAGAGAAAUAUUGGCUCAUAACAAAGGAUCUUAUUUCAAAAUUCAACGAAUUUAACAUUAUUCAUGUGAACCGAGAACAAAACAGUAGAGUUGAUGUGUUAUCCAAAUUAGCCACGACCAGGCAAACAACAAACACACCAGCACUAUCACAGUUAACACUUGAUAAACCGAGCUUUGAGCUAAACACGAUAUUAAGUAUAACGCAUGUACACGAUUGGAGGACACCUUUCCUCGAAUACAUCAAAACAGGAGCUGUACCAAAAGAGGAAUCAAACCUACCACUCUUCCGAAGAAGAGCAAGCUUCUAUACAGUAAUAGGAAACACCCUGUACAGGCGAGGAUACUCACAACCGCUCCUCAAAUGCAUCAGCAAGGACGAAGCCGAAGAGAUCAUGGCAGAAACACAUGAGGGGGUCUGCGGGAACCACAUCGGAGGCCGAGCACUGGCCGCUAAAAUAUUACGAACAGGAUACUACUGGCCAACAGUCAAAAGAGACUGCAUUUCAAAGGUCAAAACAUGCAAUAAUUGCCAAAAGCACGCCACAGUCUCAGAAAUCCCAGCAGAAAAAUUCCACACCGUAGAGCCACUGGCGAACAUAACGGCAGACAAGGUGAGAUCUUUCCUAUGGAAAAAUAUCAUAUGUAGGUUUGGCAUACCAAGAGAAAUAAUCUCUGAUAACGGAAGACAGUUCACAGAUCAUAAACUCGCCUCCUUUCUAACCAAUUUCAAUAUUAAACAUCGUUUCAGCUCAGUUGAGCACCCACAAAUAAACGGACAAGUCGAGUCCGCUAACAGAAUUAUCUUGCAAGGCCUGAAGAGAAAGCUCGGAGAAGCCAAAGGCGAGUAG